AUGGAUUCUGCGACGCAUUCGAAACGGCAGAGCACGCUCCGACAUACAGCAACUGCUGAGGCCAUUCGUGGAUUUUGCGAUGCGUAUUCCAGGUUCUCAUCCGUGGAGUUGAGAUUGGAAACGGCAGAGUUGAGGCAACCGAUGGAGUUUGCGACGCAUAUUCCAAAUCCUGAUUCUUGGCCUCAAAUGCUGAGGUAG